CCUAGCAGACACCGGUUCCUUUUCGAAACGGUGGAGGCGCUAAGCCGCCGGCCUAAACUGCUCGCCGAAUUCGGACUCGCCCCUGGCGAACAUGUCUUCGGUGCAGGGAGUGAUCUCUUCGUGAUACGUGAACCUUCCGCGAGGAUGAGGACUUGCCCACGGUGCCGGAAGAGGGAUUUAUUUUAACGUAUGAGGUGACAAUGUGGGUCGUUUUACUUCUGGUGACCAGUUGCUCCUGGUCAUGGGGUCAGGUGAUCAACAGGGCUCCGCACUUUAUCCAGGGAGGUGACAUGGCCAGGAUGGCGGUUUCGGAGGGCACUCCACCAGGUGCACCGGUUUACACCCUCCAGGGCGAAGAUCCCGAGGGUUCUAGACUGCACUAUUCCAUCAGUGGGGAAUACUUUUCCGUGGAUCGCGAAACCGGAGUCGUCGUCCUGAGGAAGGCGUUGGACCGCGAGACGCAAGAUCUCAUUGAAGUUAUCAUCAGCAUAACAGACGAAGGUGUAGCUGGCUCGGAGCCCAACACCGUCUCUUUGCGUCGGGAGAUAGCAGUCCUGGACGAGAACGACAACCCACCGGUUUAUCACGGACGUCCAUAUGCAGCCAGGGUGCCGGAGAGUGUCCGCGUGGGUGGUCUUCUGCUUCCUCCAGGAACCAUCACGGUCACCGAUCGUGACGGUGGAGUCAAUGCCGACGUCCACGUGCAGUGCGUCGCCGCUUCCAGGGACGACGACGUCUGCGAUGUCUUCGACGUCACCACCGAAAAGCUAGCCGAGGGAAAGUACGACGUGGAGAUUACCGUGAUGAAGCCUUUGGACUAUGAAAAGAGGAAUUCCUAUUUGAUAAAUCUAGUAGCUGUCGAUGGAGCUAGCGAUCCGUUCAAAAGGUUGCAAGCGAAAGCCACGGUUGCGGUCGACGUGUUGGAUGUUCAGGAUCAACCACCGGUUUUCCUCAACGCACCUUACAGCGCUGCUCUUCCUGAGAACACCCCAGAGGGUCACGUAGUUUUAACAAUAUUAGCUCGCGAUGGUGACACAGGUGAACCAAGAUCACUCUUCUUGAACCUGGAGGACGACGAUGAUGGACACUUUACCUUAGAAUUAAGCCAUGAAGGCGACAUCACGGUGGGAAAGCUCGUCACGACCAAUGUGUCAUUGGAUCGGGAAGAUGCAACAAUUCUGCAAAACGGUGGGAUCUAUACCUUUGCGGUGAAGGCUACCGAGUUAAUAAACAACGAGAUACCUGCAGACACAGCGACGUCCAUUGUGACCAUAGUCGUCACCGAUAUCGACGACCUUGCUCCGGUAUUUAACGAAGAUUACUUUAGUAUAAAGAUCUCCGAAGACACUGGAAGCGAUACACCUCUACCUGGCCUUAACAUGGUGGUCAGUGACGGAGAUGUCGGCGACAAUGCAAAGUACAUUUUGGCUCUUCGGGACGUGCCGGGAUACCCGGGAAUUAGCAAUGCCUUUUCUGUUAGUCCUGAAGAAGCUCAAGGCAGAGUUCCUGUCGUUAUCAGGGCCAAGAAUACGGAUGUUCUCGAUUACGACGUUGACGACCCUAGAAGACGGGAGCUUGAAUUUGAAGUCACUGCCUCGGUAUCUGGCCAAGUUGUCGCCUCUUCCACGGUGCACAUAAAAUUGCUGGACGCAAACGAUCACAGCCCGGAAUUUUCUCAGUCUGUAUAUAAAUUGUCGGUACCUGAGGACGCCAAACCUGGAGAAUUUUUUGGCAACGUUUUCGCUAAAGAUGACGAUAGCGGGGCCUAUGGAGACUUAACGUACACUCUUCGUGGUUUUGGGGUGGAUAAGUUCCGCACUGAUUCCAAAAAGGGUGGCGUCUUCGUGGCGAUGAACUUGGAUUAUGAAAUUCAAAAGUCGUACUCUUUAACAAUGGAGGCCAAGGAUGGCGGUGGACGAGUGUCCACGGUGAAUAUCUUGAUCGAGCUGGAAGACGUCAACGACAACGAGCCUGUCUUUGAACAACGAGAGUACUCCAGAACUGUAAGAGAAGGUGCAACUAGUUUUGAUCCUCAGAUGUUCGUCAGAGCUACGGACGUGGACGGGCCAACACAAGGAAACGGAAAAGUGACGUACUCCAUAAGUCAGCACAACAGUUUGACCGAGAACGUCUUCAGGGUGAACUCGGAUACAGGUGAAGUGACAAUGUCUAAGCCUGCGAGCUCGGGAGAUACGGAACGUGGAUUGUACGAGCUGAAAAUAAGGGCUACGGAUGAUGGCCAUCCACCUCUUUACUCCGAGGCCAAGUUUCUGGUACGCGUUGGUGUACCAGGAAACCAGAAACCAGUAUUUAGAGGUAAUUACAAGCCCGGGUUACCUGGACCAAGUAGUUACAGGGCGAGGCUGCUGGAAAAUGCAACUCCGGGCACAGAAGUCAUUCGAGUUGUGGCAAAUGAUCCCGAUGGCAGGGACAACUUAUUGCAAUACUACAUUGCUGCUGGCGCUAAAGACAAUUUCGUUAUUAAUUCCAGUUCUGGCGUUAUCACGGUAUCGCCCGAUGCACGACUGGAUUUGGAGAGUGGCGGAAACAAGUACGAGGUGAUAGUUUAUGCCGUUGAUUCCGGAACACCUGUCAGAGAGACCGCCACAACUACGGUCACGGUUAACAUUUUGGAUGUGAAUAACAAACCACCGGUCUUUGACAAUUCUACGUACUUGGUAUACGUAUCCGAACGAGCGUCUAUCGGUGAACCCGUCUUAAAGGUAACAGCUACUGAUCCUGAUUUGGAUGCCAGUAUCGAAUAUUCCUUGGUGGAGCCGAUCAGAGCAAUGGACAAGACAGGAGUGGCUUUGAAGAGCACAAGUUUGUACGAUUACAAAAAGGCAUUCACCAUAAAUCCAGCCAGCGGUUUGAUAACAGUGAACAAGGUUCUUGAUUACCAAGUAGCUGCCGUUGUCAUUUUGACAGUGGAGGCUAGAGACUUGAGCGCUGUAGUUGACAGGGAAAAACAAUUUGCCAAGGCAGAAGUGACCAUUUAUAUACAAGCAUACAGCGACGACAAUCCAACUUUUACUAAUUCUGGAUGGUCUCCAAAUAAUCCGACAAUUCGAGUCUCCGUGCCUGAAGAACAACCACUGGGAACAACUUUGUUAAUGCUAUCGGCUAAAGAACCAUUAACUGGACGCCCCGUGGAAAGAUUCGAACUUGUUCGAGAAGAAGACGAUGAGAGUUAUGUGAGCGUUGGGGUACAGAGUGGAAACGUUGUUUUGAGUAGAAGAUUGGAUUAUGAAGCAUUAAAUCAAAAGUUUAUAAGAUUCAAAGUGCGAGCGCUUACUAGAGACUACGAAAUAACGCGAAGGAAGUCCGAGGCGAAUAUAAUUGUUGAUGUACACGAUGUAAAUGACAAUAGUCCCAUCUUCACUCAAAAAGACUACAAAAUCUCGGUUCUCGAGUCAUCGCAAGCAGGAAAAAUUGUAUUAAAUGUGAAGGCUACGGACAUGGACAGUUCAAAUACCGAACAGGAGGUGAAAAGAGGCUACGGGGAAGUGAGGUAUACCUUAACUGGGGAAAAUGCAAAUAUGUUUGAAAUCGAGCCGAUUACAGGAAACAUACAGAUUGCGGAAAACGUGACUCUGGACAGAGAAAGGCAAUCCGUUCUCCGGUUUUAUGUUGUGGCGUCGGACAUGCCUCAAGGUGGAGCGGAACAAAGAACAACCAGAGCUCUGGUGACAGUCGAUAUAAUUGAUGUUAACGACAAUGCUCCGAUUUUCCCCCAAGAUUCUUACACUGCUGUUAUCCCCGAGAAUGCUUCUCCAGGAGUUAGUAUAGUCAACAUCACCGCGACAGAUCCUGACGAAGGAGCAGGAGGGGCGAUACAAUUCGAAAUUAUUGACGAAGGAGAAGCAAACGGACUAUUUAAAAUAAACCACACAACUGGUGAGAUAUACUCGGCUGGGGAAUUAACAGGAAAAGGAAGAACCGAGCCCUAUAAUAUGCGAGUUAGAGCCCAAGAUGGUGGUGAUCCUGUCAUGUACACCGAUGUACUGUUGACCCUGUACAUAGGGGAUGUAGUCAGCAACGACGGUGUACCUCUCUUCAUUAGACCAACCUUAGAAGAAAUAGCUCACAUUGCCGAGAAUUCAUCUAUAGGAAGUCCAGUAUUUCAAGUAGUUGCUUCCGAUCCCGAUGACCCUAAUCUACCGAAUGGUAAAAUCACCUUCAAGUUGCUGGAAGAUGGAAACUUUGGUAACGAUGCCAGCGCAUUCAGAAUCAACCGCGAUAGUGGUUUAAUCACCACGCAAAAACUGCUCGAUCGGGAAACUAAGGAUAGCUAUACCUUGAUUCUGGUUGCUCAGGAUCUCGGUGAUCCUCCUCAACAGGCAACAAGGAUUUUACAGGUCAUGGUUGACGACAUCGACGAUCACAAGCCGCAUUUCAAGAGGAAUUUAGACAGUCGCCCAAUCGAGCUCUCCAUCUACGAAGAGACUUCAAACGGCACCGUCGUGGGCAUUAUCGAAGCUAUCGAUGAGGAUAUCGGGGAAAAUGGAAUGAUCGAUUAUGGAAUCAUUUACGGAAACGAGGAUGAACUCUUUUCGGUAGAACGCCUGGAUAACAAUUCCGCAGUCAUCAAGUCCGCGGGGCGUUUGGAUCGCGAAACAGCUGAUCAUCACCUCCUUACUGUAAAAUGCUUUAAAUACCCGUUGAAGAAGACAGAUGUGGUUCGAAAAGCAUAUAAUCGGCAAGAUCCUUCGGAGAGGCAGAUUUUGGUGAAGAUUUUAGACAUCGACGACAACAAACCGAUGUUCAAAAAAGGACACGUCACUCUAGGAGUGCGUUUGAACGUUCCUAUCGACACUAGCCUAGUCACGUUGGAAGCUGUCGAUAUAGAUGCGGACGCUUUACCUAUCGAUUAUAAAAUCGGCAAAGUGUCAUUCACCUCUCUGGUAGAUUCUACCAUGUCUCAGGAUGAGAUACCUCCGCCGUUGUCCUUAAAUCCUGAAACCGGAGAGCUGAGGACCGCGAGAUCCAUGACAGGGUAUGCCGAUGGGUACAUGGAGGUUCCAGUGCAUGCCAAUAAUUCCGUCGAACUAGACAGACAGACCAACAUCACUGUCAGGAUAUUCCUUUUACGGGAUAGAGAUAUGCUCAAGUUUGUUUUCUCUAAACCUCCCGUCGAGGUCCGCAAGACCUUGGAACAUUUUGAGACUGCAGUUCAACGGGCCUUGUCUUUGCCCAUUUCCGUCAACGUUUACGACACUCAGUUCUAUUCUAAAGAGGACAACUCUUUAGAUUUCUCGUCCACGAGUUCUUGCUUCCAAAUGGUAGGCAAGGAGUCCUAUGACCUUAAUGAAAUGAAAGCGUUGCUUACCGACCCAAGAAACGAAGAGCUGAAGAAGGUCUAUCGUAUGUACCACGUGGACAAGGUGCAACAUUGUGCUCCGAUAGUAGCACGUGCCGAUGCGUCCAUGACCCAAAUGUGGGUCUUGGCCAUUGCAGCUCUUGUCGGUAUUGCUGCUAUUAUUUCCAGUUGUGCGUUGUGUUGCAUGCACGCAAAGUACAAAAGACAAGUGAAACACGCUCGUCUUCGAGAUCAUCCACGGCCACCAUUGAGUUAUGUCUCGGCGGGAUCUGGAAUGGUAAAUGCGACUUCCCAUACUACUUUGGGACCAGGAACCAUGGUGACCCUUGGUCCCCAUGAAGGUCCCUACGAAUGGGGUGCUGAUACCACCCUGUAUCAUCCCAGUACGCUUUCUAGAGCGUAACCAGACGAGUCGAUUCGUUAUUCGAUUCAAGAAUUUUCCUGAACAAUCGUUGAGUGGAAACAACGAUGUUUCACAAUUACUGUGGGUGUAUACAUGGAAAACUGGCGCUACGUUGUGUCGCAGAAGUAUGCUCUCUAAAGCGUAGAUCAGGACACUUGUAAUAUUAGAUUGAAGUACUUCCGAGGACCUUGCUAUCACGGCAAUCGAGGAUUAGAAAAAUUCCUGGUUGAAAUUCGAAUGACAGAAUUACUUCUCCGAAACGUGAUACAGCUCGGGGAGCUUUUAAUGCUGAACCGUCCACCUCGGUUUUUUAUGAAACAUCCCAGAAGACUUCCUGGCACUUCUACAAAAUGAUCACUCCUAGAUGAACAAGUUUCGGUUUCGUAUCUGCCGAAUUUCACCCAACACGAAACUGCAUAAAAAUAUGAAGAAAUGGUGCUAAAGCUCAAGAGUGGGACUCAACUUCGUUCAAUGAAGUUCAGCGUAGUUGGUCAUAAUAUAUUUCGUUGGAGGUUAUUCAUGAAUAUUAUUGUGUGGCAUCGCGCCGGAAAUGAACUGUUCAGCUGGGUUAUCACCUAUCUGAUUAUAUUCCCUUUUUAUGGAAACUAACUACGCUGCUGUACAUUUCGCGAAUACAGUUUGUUUAAGAGCAUCGUCUACAACAUUGAAGACUUACUGAAUCGCUAGGAUUCUC